AUGACUCUACCGCAAUUUGAAAAAGAAGAGUUCAAGCUCACUACUUCGCCAAAUCCAAACUGGAAACCAGGAUCUGGCGCUAACGAUGACGAGUGGAAGAAGUACAAGAAGAUUGAGCUAGAUCCUUAUUCCGAAGGCCGAACUCCGUUUCAGAACUACAGACUGUUCACUAGUGCCGUCGCACCUCGUCCAAUUGGUUUUAUCUCCACAGUCAGUUCUGACGGUCACUUCAAUUUAGCGCCAUUUUCGUAUUUUUGUCCUGGCAACUAUGAUCCCCCAAUUUUCAUGGUUGGAAUUUCAUGUGCCACACAGGUUUUGAAGGACACGUGCAAGAACCUACUGGAAACUGGUGAAUGUACAGUCAGCUUGAUCAGCGAAUGGUUUAUUGAAGCUGCCAACUUCACGUGCACCAACGCUCCUAGAGAUGUUGAUGAGUGGAAGUUAAGCGGACUAACCAAAGCACCAUCAACAAAGGUCAAACCGCCUCAUGUCGCCGAGAGUGCUUUUUCAAUUGAAGCAAAAGUGGUCCAAGCAACCAACUUUGAUUCCAAGACGGAUCCGUCCAAAAAGUCCGGCACCAUCAUCCUUAUCGAAGGGCUUCAUUUCCAUGUUCGCGAGGAUAUUGCCGACGAGACCUUGACCUAUGUCGACAUCAACAAGCUCAAACCCGUUGCACGUCUUGGAGGAAACGUGUAUUCCCGUGUGCUUGAUGGGUUUGAUCUGCCAAGACCGAACUUCCAAACCGAGAUCUUGGAGAAUCCACAAGUUUCCAAACUGCUCUAA